AGCUAGGGGCAAAAUAGACUUUUCUCAUCAUUAGUACAUUGACAUACCAUACAGCCAGAGUGGCAAAAAUGGUUUUUUUUUUUUUAAGAAACCAUAACUCUCUAGUGACAAAUAUAUAGUGCCAAUUAUUGUAUAUGUGGCAAAUAAAGAGUGGAGCAACAAAUAGUUAAAUUUCCCUCAACUUUGCUCGUAUAUAUAACUUAAAUUAAUUUGUGGCCUGGUCGUGUGUAUAUAUAUCUACUUUGUGGACUGUGGAGUGUGUGCUAGUAUUGUCCGGCCGGCUUCGUGCAGCCAGCAGAAGUGAAGUGCAGAGAGUGCAGGAAAACGAAAGCCAUAUGGCGCAGCAAGCACACGCUGCUGCCGUCGUCGUCGGCGUACUGCUCUACUGCUGCCUCUGCUUGUUCGUCGGCGUCGUCGCCGGCGAGCAUGGCGGCGGCGGCGGCGAUAUUAAGAGGCAGUACAAGGCCAUGUUCAGCUUCGGUGACUCGCUGACGGACACGGGCAACAUCUGCGUGAACAUGUCGGCGGUGAAUCGUACCGAGCUCACCAUGGCGCAGCCUCCCUACGGCAUCACCUUCUUCGGCCACCCCACCUGCCGCUGCUCCGACGGCCGCCUCGUCGUCGACUUCCUCGCGGAGGGGUUGGGGCUGCCGCUGCUGCCGCCGUCGAAGGUGAUCGGCGGCGACUUCCGCCGGGGAGCCAACAUGGCCAUCGUCGGCGGCACGGCGCUGGACUUCGACUUCUUCGAGUCCAUCGGCGUCGGCUUCCCGUUCUGGAACUACGGCUCCAUGAACGUCCAGCUCCGGUGGUUCCGCGACUUGCUGCCCUCCAUCUGCGCCACUGCUGCACCACAGAGUAUAGCCUACCUGGCCGAGUCCCUCUUCUUGUUCGGCUCACUAGGCGGAAACGACUACAACGCUAUGGUCUUGUUCGGCUUCACCAUUGAUCAAGCCAGGAACUACACGCCCAAAAUUGUCGACCAAAUUGCAAGUGGCGUCGAGAAGCUGAUAGCGAUGGGUGCAGUGGACAUCAUCGUCCCGGGAGUCAUGCCGUUCGGAUGCUUCGCGCUCUACCUGACGGAGCUCAAGAGCAGCAACAAGUCCGACUACGACGACUACGGCUGCCUGAAGCCGCUCAACGAGCUGGCCAUCCACCACAACUCGCUGCUGCAGACCAGCCUCGCCGCCGUCCAGGCCAGGCACCGCAGGUCGCCGUCGUCAUCGCCGUCGUCGCCGUCGCCGGCGGCGGCGGUGAGGAUCAUGUACGCCGACUACUACGCCGUCGUGGCGGAGAUGAUGCAGGCCCCGGCGCGGCUGGGGUUCAGGAGCGGCAUCGCGGCGUGCUGCGGCGCGGGGGGCGGCGAGUACAACUGGGAGUACGUGGCGCGGUGCGGCAUGAGGGGCGCCGCCGCGUGCGCCAACCCGUCGAGCGCCGUGUGCUGGGACGGCGCGCACACGACGGAGGCGGCGAACCGGGUCAUCGCCGGCGGCUGGCUCAGGGGACCCUACUGCCACCCGCCCAUUCUGCUCUAGAUCGAAUAAUAGAAUAAGAUAUAUCAUUCAGCAUAUGGAUAUAUCAAUAAUUAAACAAGAACAUCAUCAUCAUAUAUACUCCCUUCCCUCCGUCCCAAAAAAAGAUAACCUAAGAUAUGUCCAAAUUCGUUGUCCUAGGUGAUAUUAAAUCACCAUUUAGGUUGUAUUUUUUUGGACGGAGGGAGUAUGUCGAUAUCACAUUAUUGUCUGUCCGUCCAUCAUCAUUUAUCUUUGGAAAAUGUACUCUCGUAGAAUUAAAUUCAGUAUUGUAAUCUUUGGACAAGUUUGUAUGGGGAGUAGAUGUCAUAUAGCGAACUCUCAGUAACAAAGGGAUUUGGUUUGUGUCAAGUGAAGUUUGUUUGUGAAGAUACAUAGUGGCCGCGUACAUGUAUUUGGGCUUAA